UAAAUUCCCGCCUUCUUCCCCAAAUUCCAAACCACAUCUCAAUCCACUUGUACAGAAUCUUGAAAAUGCAGACAGCUAAGGACAUCGCAGCUUCAGCCAAGGCCGGCAUGGAGAAAACCAAGGCCACCCUCCAAGAAAAGGGUGAGAGGAUGACGGCGCACGAUCCGUUGCAGAAGGAGAUGGCUACGGAGAAGAAGGAGGCGAAGAUCCACGAGGCCGAGCGCCGGAAGCACGAGGAGCGUCGCCACAACGCGGCCGUGGCUGAUCAUGGUGGCGGGCAUGAUCAGCAUGUGGUCGGUGGGCACAAGCAUACGACCGGGACGGACUACACGGGGACGGGCUAUGGGACCGGCGGCACCUACUAGUGUGUGUGUUUUGUAAUUUGCAAAAAUAAAAGUUUGAGUGGAUGCUUCUUUUUUUUAGUUGCCCACUCUUUUGAUUGUCUUGUAAUGUAAUCCACUUUGGUUUCAUUUGGCAAUCAAUUUUCUACUUGUUUUGAUUA